CGGGCGGGGGGGCUGCGUGCGCGGCGCAGCCGGCGGGAUGCAGGCGGCGGGCGGAGGGCCGGGCUGCGGCUGCAAGGGGAUCCGCUCCUGCCUGCUCUGCGAGGGGCCCGCGCCGGCCGCUCCGCCCCCGCAGGGAGAAGAUAAUUUCACUUACUGUCCAGCAACAGGCCUAGCUAAAGGAAAUGAGGACUCGGAAUUUGCUGGCUGGGCAUUUCCCUUUCCAGGGGUGUUCCUGGUGGAGGAAUUCAUUAGUGAAGAUGAAGAGUGUGAGAUAGUGGAACUGAUGGAUCGAGAUGACUGGAAACCAUCACAGUCUGGCCGAAAGAAACAGGACUACGGGCCCAAAGUGAACUUCAAGAAGCAAAGGCUGAAAGCUGGCAGCUUUACUGGCUUGCCAAGCUUCAGCAGGAAGAUCGUGGCCCAGAUGAAGGGCUGUGCUGUGCUCAGUGGCUUCCUGCCUGUGGAGCAGUGCAACCUGGACUACAGACCAGAGAGAGGCGCUGCCAUCGACCCCCACUUGGAUGACUGCUGGCUCUGGGGGGAGCGCCUGGUCAGCCUGAACCUGCUCUCAAAAACUGUGCUCUCCAUGUCCUGCGAUCCAGAGGACACCAUCCCAUUAUUUCCCAUUUCCAGGAAGGAGGAGUUAAGCCCCGCUGCACCUUUCCCGCAGACAGCAGCGUGCAGAGGUGCGGGAGAAGAGGGCAGCGGGUGCUUUCUGUCGCCCAGGCUGGUGCCGGGGAAGGAGGUGAGCGUGGCCGUGCUGCUGCCCCAGAGGUCGCUGCUGGUGCUGCACGGGGAUGCUCGGUACAGGUGGAAGCACGGCAUCCGCCGCCGGCACAUCCAGCACCGCCGCGUCGGCAUCACCUUCAGGGAGCUCUCCGCCGAGUUCAGCGCCGGGGGCAGCCACGAGGAGCUGGGCAAAGAACUGCUGCAGAUUGCUCUUUCCUUUCAAGGGAGACCCGUGUGAGCAAGAGGUGGCGUUUUGCUUUGGGAGAGGUGUAAAAUGAGGCACGGAGUUUGUAUGACGAGGUUUAUUUCUGAGGUGGGGUAAGGAACCAGGUGUGUGCAGAGAUAAGCUCAAUAAAAUGAAGAUUUAACAAACAAGUAACAGGGGUGAGCUUUGAAACCUCCUGGGCAAUGAGAUCUUUUAAGCCAAAGUCAGAAAUGAGAGGUUGCAUCCAUUACCUGUGUUGUAACAAAAAAGCAAACAACCAGUUCUGAAACACUUAAAUGAACCCCAGAAAGUUAGAAACAUUAAACAGAGUAUCAAACAGCCCUUGACACAGUUUCAGCCCAAGCCCGGGCACAAAUUUUAAGCUUUCCUGGCCCAUACUUGAUACUGUCAGACUGGUUUGAAUGUUGCAUCCAGCCCUGGGGGUGCAACUGUCCCCUCACCCCCCUCAGACAGGUCCUGUAGAGACCAGGUCCCAGGGGAGGAAGGUAAGCACAAAACACUGAGAACUAAUUAAAGUAAUUAUCAUUUGCUGAAGAUUCAUGCUCUAACAAUGAGGAUUAAUCAUAAAUUCCAUGUGUGACCUGUAUCUUCUGGGACCAAAGAGCAGCAUUUGCAGAGGGCCAGUGCUGACUCUUCGGGCUUGGACAGAGAUCAGACCAAAGGCCUGCACAGACUGUGUUAUUUUCUGAUCAUUUGUCAUCUCUGAACCCUGCUGUCAGCUCUCAGUAGCAAGAGUCUGAUUUUGGGAAUUAGCUGGGCAACAGACUGCAACCCUGGCAGCUAUCAUUUAUUUUCCUGGCACCCCCAGCAGCCAGGUUUGAAUCAUGCCUCGUACCUAAGAUUCAAGCAGUCAUUUGCAGCAGAAGCUGAUCUGAGGCCAUCUGUCUGCUCUGAACAAACUUCUGUGCUCUUGAAAAUGAAGUUGUGCCGUGGAAGAAGCGUGAUCCUUUAAUAAACACAGCCCUUCAGCACAGCCUCACCUGCAGCAGGAAAGCAAAAACACCACCCUGCCACCAGCAGGCAGUGCUGCCUGGCUUUGGGUGGCAAGGAGAGGGGACAGACAGAUCUCAGCGUCCUUGCAGUGCUGUGCUCUGCCCCAGAAGUGCUUCCUUGGCUCUGCACAGGAUUCCCUGCACAGUGAAGCACUCCUGCCACAGGCACUGCCCUCUCCUCUGCAGGGGAGGGAGCUCUUCACCCAGGACAGGAAUCAAAUGGGUCAAUCAGGAUGUUUUUCAUCAGUUUAAGCCACAAGCAGAGCCUUUUGUGGGCUGAGGUUCAGUUUAGUGCUAAUUCCAGCAGAGAUCUACUAGCAGGGCAGUCCCAAACUCCAAACCUCCACCCAGGUGGGCUGGUGAGUGUCCUCAAGGAGCUCCAGCAGCAGUUCCAGCAGCCACAGCACGUCCCCUCCAUGGAACCUCUUCACUGCAAACACAGACACACAACAGGCAGGCCACACCUGCUCACAGCUCUGCCCCAGGAAAUUCCUCAUAGGCUGCAACUGGAAGAGGGUAGGUCUAGAUUAGGUAUUUGGAAAAAAUUCUUCCCUGUGAGGGUGGGGAGGCCCUGGCACAGAUUACCCAGAGAAGCUGUGGCUGCCUCUGGAUCCCUGGGAGUGUCCAAGGCCAGGCUGGAGCAACCUGGUCUAGUGGAAGGUGUCCCUGCCCAUGGGAGGGGGUGGGAACUGCAUGAUCAUUAAAUCAUUCCAGCCCAACCCAUUCUGAGGCGUCCAUCUCUCUCCCAAAAGCAGGGAGCGUGCUGAGAGCAGCAGUUACUCACUUUUUCUGCAGCCUGGCAUCCACAGGGAGUGGAAUAUUCCCAGGAGAGCACCUGGAGCUGCUGCUGGAGCAGAGGGGCUUUGUCCAAGCAGGAGGAGGAGCCUGCCAGCCUGGCACAGACACACAGGGAGGAAACCCAGCACAGGCUGUCACAGACAGAGCAGACACUGCACCUGAUCCUCCUCACCCUGCAGUUCCAAGCCUCUCCACGGAUCUGCUCAGCACACUGCAGCAAUCAAGUGUUGCCAUUAAUGCUUGGCCCGAAUUUCCAAUGCUCCAAUUUUACAUUUAUAUUGUGCUCUCAGGCUGCUAAAACACUUUCUGCGUGCAUCCCUGCUGCUCCAUUCUCUCCACAGUGAAAGCAGAUGAUGGAUUCUGAUGAAUCAGAUUGCCACAAUAACUUACACAGUGUUAGUUCAUCUUGUGCUCUGCAUUUGCUGGCUGAAUUUUUCUGCCUUGAUUGAACUAUACAGGAAGCUGCUGUUCUUGCCAGAAGAUUCCAGCUCUUCCUAGCUGAUAUCUUAAAUGUGAAAAAAUGCAAAUAAUUAAAUAC